AAGAUGAAUCUAGCAUUCAAACGUCAAGGAAGUGUUUUGGCACAACAGUUGUCCGAAUGCCAGUGGUCAGGAGACAAAGCGAAGACCGCAGACGGCCCUUGACUUCUGCAGCCCCCGUGGCUCCCCUCAGCUCUUCCUCCUUGGCUUUAGGAUCCUGGACAAAGAAGUCCAAACGACAGGCUUCCCUUAACCAUCAGGUGCUCGAAGAUGUGUCAAGAACUGCAACGUCUUCUACGCAUGGAAUCACUUUUCAGAAAUGUGCAGUGGUUCGAACUGACCAUGAACUUCAAAGCGCUUAUGUGAAACUCCUGAUUAACAACACAAAUACCUCGCAUGCACUCAGUGUCACGGACCUUGUUCUAGUGGAUAACAUCACAGGUCUCCAUGUCCAAGGAGCACAGGGUAGUCAGACCACAGAUGGGUUUCAGACGUUCAGAAUACAGAUUUUGCAUGUUGGGGAACAUUAUUUACUGGACUACAUUGCGAUGGUUAAUGCAAAGGAAUCGGACAAUGCCGGAGUGUUGAUUCUGCCUGCUAGACUGACUUUCCGCUCGUUGCUGAAUGAUUCUCAGUUUGAUCCACUGACAGCAUCGUUGACAAUAACAGGAGAAAAAAAGACAAAGAUAUUGUUGAGUCACGGCACCCAUGCUUUGGGAUUCUUUGCUGCUUUUACCAUUUCUUUUGGGCUGGCAAGUGUGAUGUUGUGGAUGGCCUACAGAACCCGGCAAGUUCUCAGGGAGCACCAGGAGGCAGAACAAAACCCUUCUCCAGAGUAUAAGCAGGAACAUUCCCACUUUAAUUCGUGUGGAACCAACCAUGAGGACAUCUUGUUGAAUCACCACAUUAUUGACAUCUUGUUUUUUGAAGAAACGGAGAACAUGCUUCAGUCUCUGCAAGACUAUGAAAUUGCAAACCUGACCCACGCGGACAGAGAUUUGGAAGACUGUCGAAUGCAGAUUUCCGAAGAAGCGAUCGCUCUGUUAGUGAAGAACAUGGCUGCAACUUGUGGGCUCUCUCCUCAUGUGGAGAAAAGGAUGACUUUGGCCUUCAGGAAGCAGUUCCGCACCGUGGAGAUAGAGAUUCAAGAAGAGUACAAUAGGAAGAUGGUGGCUUUGACGGCUGAGUGUAGCCUGGAGAACAGGAAGGCAGCCGAGUCUCAGCACCACAGAGAGCGAGCGGGGAGCAGGGAAGUGGAGGAAUUAUUGAAGAAGGCCAAUGAAAAGUCCGCUGCAGAAUGCAGAGCCCUCCUGGGGAAACUUCACCACCUGGAGCAGCUCCAUCACAAGAGGCUUCUUCUGGCGAAGCAAGAAGAAUACUUUGCUGCGACGUACAGAGAACUGGCUUGUUCCAAAAGAAACGAGAUCCACAGCAUCUUUUUCACUCAGAUAAGAAAUAUGAUUUGUAAAGGAGAACUGAAGUUAGAAGCAGCCAAAUCUCUUGUCGAGAAUUACUCUAAAAUACAGGGAGACAUUGAAGAGUGGACGGAUCUUUUGCAAGCUCAUAAGAACUAUCUUCUGAGUAAAAGAUUUGCUCACAGGGAAUCCCUCAUUCAGAUGAUUCAGUUACUGGAUUCCCAGAUGACUUCCCUGUGGGAACUUGCAGCAAAUCGGAUAGCCAUGUUCAUUAGUAAAGUGGAAAGGGAAUGUUGUUUGGCUGAAAAUCAUUUGGGAGGCGUCCUGAACACAGCUCAAGAUGAACUGCACUCUGCUCAACAGAUGUUUGCUGAUAUUGUAAAGGAAGAGAAGCAAAAACUUCACCAAGAACUGAUUGCCAGAAGGCGACAAGAAAUGCUGCAGAAGUCACAGAAAGAAGAACCGCUGGCACAGGCGUGUCCUGAGGAAGCUUUCAGGAGCCCUGAAGACAUCUGCCGUUUCCUGGCUGAGUGGCAAAGGAUGCUGGUGGAUCGCUUCGUUGGACUGGAGGAACUCACUGGGAAGCUUGACAGUGAGGCCAAGGAAGAAGUCGUCGUGCUCAGACAGCAUCUGGCUGAGAGAGCUCGUGAGGAAAUCAGACGUAUUCACUGUGGAUCUGUUGUUCAAGAACUGCUAACACUCAGCGUGCCAAAACUGUAUUUGCACCAAGCAAUGGAAGAGCAUCAAAGGGAGAUGGCCGAGGCCACGCGACGGCUUGAGAAAGAAGAUGAGGGCAAAAUAAUGGCUGCUGAAAGAUUGCUUCAGAGUAAGAGAGAAAAGUUGAGCAAAGAACUUCUGAACAGAAUUAGAGAACAGAAGAAAUUAAGGGACUGGGAACAGUUAGUAUUCUUGAAACUGCUAGGUUCCUCUCUCUCUCUCUCUGAAGAAGAAUUACUGAAAAUAAAGCAAGAGUUCCAUGGCUGCUUUUCCCAGAUGGAUCGCAGUCUGGCUUUACCAAAGAUCCGGGCCAGGGUGUUGCUUCAGAUUUACCAGUCCGAGGGGAGAGAAGUGGCCCUGCAGAAGGUGGCUCAGAAGAUGCAAGCGCUGAGCGAGCAGCAAGAGCCUGAAGUCAGAAGAAAAACAAGGAACAAAAAUAAGAUAGAUGUUCUAAAGAAAUCUUUAGAGAAAAAGAUUCACAUCUAUGAAGAAUCUGUUACGGAGCAAUAUGAGAACAAGAUUGUCAGGGAACUACAGCUGGAAAGAUCACGUCAGCUGCAGGCUCUGGAGAAUAAAAUUGGGGAGCGCAUUACUUCUCUGCAGUUCCAGAAGACUGCAAAAAUACCAGAUAUGUUGGAGUUUUACACAGCUGUCGUACAAUUAUGCUCUUUGCUUCUGGAAGAGAUGAGCACAUCGAAGACCAUGACCAACUCCGAUUGGGCUGAGAUCGUAGAACAGAGCAACCGUGAAAUCGAAGAGGUGGAAAAAAAGAUGGAGGAUGAGCUGUUGCAUCAAGAGUUGGCUCAGCGACAGCUUUCUCUCCUGAUGAACAGGAGGAGGCAGAGUCCAGAGCAAGCGGCUGCGGCAAGCAGCCCUGAGGAAUUGCAUUCCGGCGGCCCAGCAUCUGCACUCCUGCAGCAAGCACUGAUGAAGCGGAAGCAACUAGUGUGCCUGCACAGACAAAGAUCAAGAGAAGCUCAGCAUAAUCUAGUGGUUCUUGAAAAUUUUCUGGAGAACAUAGAAAUGGAUACCCUUCUGGCACUUUAUGCCAAGGAGCUCAGGUCAGCAUCCUGUUUAACCCAGUUGACUCUUGUGCCAAUGGGAACACUGCAGAGACUCAUGCCCUUGCUCUUGCCAACGCACUCGCCAAAUGAGCUCCUCUCCGUCCUGGGCUUGAUGGCCAAUAAACACUCUGAAGCCGUCUUCAGGAGAGACAGCAGUGGAGAGGAAGGCAGCAGCUGUCAGAAGAGGAGGAACCAACAGUCCUGGAAAACCUUAGAAAUCAAAUUGAAACAAGAGACGAUAAAGGCCGACGUGGGGAAAAUGAAUUCUGUCGACAGGGAUAGAAGUGUGCUGAAGCAGACACAGCUGGCCCUUCUGGAAAAGGCCACCUCCUUCCAUCCAGAGUGCUUGCCGGAACAACUCCAGACAGAGGCUGCCAGCACUGCAGAGGUCAUUGAGCUCUCAGGCACGAAAGAGAAGAUAUUUGUCUUCCGGGAUCCUGCUUUUUCCGUGGGUUCUUCAUCAAAGAAAAAGAAGAGCAGCUUUCUAAAUUCAAAGAAGUUGGACUUGCUAAAGAUGGAUAAGUGAAAUGUGGCAGGAUUAACCUCUUACAUUAAGUAUGCCAUAGAGCCCAUUCCCCCCAUUUGUAUGGUAAUUAGCUGAGCGAAUGUGGUGUUUGGAGCAGGGAUGUAGGAAGCUUUUGCUUUUUGGACUCCGUUACAGUUACCUGAAACUCAGAGAAUUAUAUUUGUUCUCUCAAGAUAUGGAAGCAGUGAGCUUGUUCCUUGACAGUGUUCCUUAAGAUGUUGGGGGCCUGCUCUUCCCCCUCCCCACAAGUGGAUCGCUGCCACCAGAAAGACGAAAGGGGGAUUUCGUGCUGGAGAGUGUUGGUGGCCCCAGCAAGUGGUUCAGUAUAUCCAGAAGCAGAGGUCAGCGUUCCUUUCUCCAGAGUACAACACGCAGUUCAGUUCUAGAACACAAAGGGAUCACUGUUGUGGUGUAAAAGAUGUUAGCCUUCAAUAGCACUGAAAGUCACCUAUUCUACUCCUGCAGACAGCUCCUGGCCCGUAGUCCACCAAAAGACACUCAAACAUUCAUAUCUGAGAAAUUAAAGCCAUGUUAGCCCAGAAAACCAUGUCACCAUUUUUGGCUUACUUAAAAGAGCAGUGAAGUAUGUCAGACACUUGCUAGCGCACCUGGCAAAGAGGUGCUGGUUUUUCUGCUUAGCUCUUUCUGGCGUUCUGGUUAGCAGUAAAAUUUCUGAUGUCUUUCCUAGAUUACUU